UUCCAGCCCACAGCGCCCGGUCAUGGGGUGCAGCGCGAGCCAGGCGGCGCCGGCGUCGGCCGCCCGCGGCGCUCCGCGGACCCCGGCCGGCGGCGGCAGCGCGGCGGGCGCGGGCGAGGAGCAGGCGAUGGUCCCCGCCGAGCCGCCAAAGUGCUGGAAUGGUUGCGUCAUGGUGCCCGUGGGCCAGACGCCCUACGCCGAAAGGCACUACUCGUGCAGCCGGUGCGGCGGCAGAUCGAGCUGCGGCCACCUGGGCGGCGACAAAACCAGGCGCUGGAGGUGCCACAAGUGCGGCCAGGACCUCUGCUUCCAGUGCCACCCGGACAGGCGCCUCGCCCACGAGGAGGCCGCCGCGCCAGAGCCCGACCCCCUCACCCGGUGCACCACCGUGGAGAUCAAGAGGACGCUCGACAGGCAGCUCCAGGAGCUCGGGGGGUGCCCCGCGCUGGCCGCCGGGGCAGCCGCGCCCAGCGUCAGCGAUCCCGCAGGGCUGCAGUGCAGCAGGCCCGGGGCGGACUCCGAGGACGAGUUCCUCCGCAGGUGCCACGCGGCCCUCCGAGGGCAGAUCGCCGCGGGGGGCGUCGGCUCGCCAGAGGUGCCCGGCUCCCCGCGUUCGUGUGCGUGGCCCUCGCCGGCCUCGCCGACGCUGCUGCAGGGGCGGGCGCCGGCGCUGGGCAAGGCCUCCGAGCCAGGAGCGCCCGCCUCGCCGCACGGCGCGUGCUCUCCGGAUGCAGAGAUCGCGCGGGUCGAGGCGGAGCUGAAGCGGAGGACCCUGGAGGUGCAGAGGAUCCUGCAGGGCCACGCCGAGGCCUUCGAGGGCGGCGCCUGGCCCGUCCGCCUGGCCCUGGGCAGCGGCGGGGAUCGGACGAGCGCGUGGCGGCCGUCCCCGAGAUCUCCAGCGCCCCUCGGGGGGACGGCUGCGUGAGGUGCACCUGCCUGGCGUGAGGGGCGUGCGGUCGCGGAGCAGGAAAAGGUCCGCGCAGAUGUAUCUCCGGCCAGCGCUGGACACCGCCCUCCCGCCGGCGGUGGUCGCCCCUGGCGCGCUUCCAGCGCCAGGGUCGCUAUGAGUCAUGUAUCGUUGAACCGACCCCUAUCCUUUGUGGGCCCCAGAAGCGGCAGGGCCGAUUUCCACCGCUUCCCC